CACGCGUCGUAUUUCGUGUGAAUAAAAGGUUGUGAUUGUGAAUGUAAAAUGGAUGUCUAUGACCCAGAAGACCUUAUUGCGGCGGUUAAAAAACGACCAUUGCUAUACGAUAAGUUCGCUGACAAUUAUAAUGAUAGAUCAGCGAAGUAUUCCAACUGGAUACAUGUGGCUGAGGAAGUUACGGAAAACUGGAACGACCUCGACGAGAAAGAUAAAGAAUUAAAAGCCAAAGAAGUACAAAGUAAAUGGAGAAAUAUGAGAGAUAAUUUUAGACGAGAAAUAUCUGAUAAACAAACUACCAGUAAUGGCUUAAAGAAAAAAACCAAAUAUAGAUAUUUUCAGCAUCUAUUAUUUUUGCUUCCACAGUUUCAAAACAAGGACAGUAAUUCUAAAUCAAAAUCGUCUGUUACGAUGGAUAACGAACGAGAAGUCAGUGAAAAUUCAUUAACCAGCAAUAAGAGGCGUGGACGAAGAUAUACAAUUUUUAGAAGUGUCCCAAAUAAAAUUCGCAGGACGCAAGAACCGAUGGUAAAUUUAAUUCAACCAAAGUCAUCUUAUUCAUGGACAGAGGAAAAUGAAGUCAGAGAUUUUUGUAGAUCACUGGUACCUUCACUAUCAAAACUGGACGACGAAGAUAGACUGUCAGCUAAGAUAGAAAUUUUAAAUGUACUCCGUAGAUUUUCUACACCGAAACAUUUAAGGAUUAACAACGCAACUAUCAACGAAACCCAAACAUUUAAUACAUAUCAACCGAGUACAAACAUGGAGUCAAUACACAAUCAAAUAAACCCAUUAUCUCCACUUCAAACUGCUCAGGAUUUACCCAUACAAAAUAUUAAUACAAAUCCUGCACCAAUGAUAACUUAUAGCAUUGAUAUUAGUCAAAUAAAAUCAGAUAUGAACGACAAUUAACAAAUAGGAAUAGGAAAUGCAAUAGGAACAGGAACAGAACAAUAUUUAACUAGAUUAAG